AUGUCCUUCUCCUCCCUCGUUCAGGACAUCGCCUUCCGCGACUCCCCGUCGCAAACCAACGCACGGACAGGUGCCAGCAACAUCAGUAACAAUGACACGCAGUCUACCAUCUCCCGGCCAUCCCAAGCUCGCUCAUACACUUCCACCGCCGCCACCAGCGUGAGCAUUGCGGGCGACAUCUCAAGUCAACUUCAUGCCGGCUACAGCCAUCCACUUUCAAGAGCGUGGCAAGCAGAGAGACAGUUGACCAAGUCAAUGCUCAUCUACCCUCUCUUCAUAACCGACAACCCCGACGAAGUGACUCCAAUUCCUUCGCUCCCCAACCAAAAUCGCCUUGGUCUUAAUAAACUGGUCCCUUUCCUUGCACCCCUUGUGCAAAAGGGCUUACGCUCUGUCAUUCUCUUCGGCGUGCCUCUCGCUCCCGAUGCAAAAGAUGCUCUAGGCACAGCUGCCGAUGACCCGGAAGGACCUGUCAUCAAAGGCAUUCAACUCAUUCGCCGACACUUUCCUCAAUUGUUUGUGGUUGCAGACGUUUGUCUCUGUGAGUACACCUCUCACGGUCACUGCGGGAUUCUUCGGGAUGAUGGCUCCUUGAACAACGCCAUGAGCGUCGAACGUAUUUCCGAUGUCGCAAUGGCGUACGCUCACGCCGGCGCACAUUGCGUCGCUCCCUCGGAUAUGAACGACGGACGCAUUCGUGCCAUCAAGCUUAAGCUUAUCGAGUCCGGACUGUCGCAUCAAGUCAACCUGAUGAGUUACGCGGCCAAGUUCUCGGGUUGCUUGUACGGGCCAUUCAGAGAUGCAGCGGGAUCGUGUCCGAGCUUUGGCGAUCGCAAAUGCUACCAGCUGCCUCCCGGUGGUCGGGGACUUGCUCGUCGCGCCAUCGCACGAGACAUUCAAGAAGGUGCCGAUAUCAUUAUGGUGAAGCCCGCCUCGUCCUACCUCGAUAUCAUCUCAGACGCCAAGGAAAUCGCAAAGGAUAUGCCCAUCGCGGCGUACCAGGUGAGUGGAGAGUACGCCAUGAUUCACGCGGGCGCCAAGGCCGGCGUGUUUGAUCUCAAGACCAUGGCCUUUGAGAGUACCGAAGGUAUUUUGAGAGCCGGGGCGGGGAUCGUGGUGAGCUAUUUCACACCAGAGUUUCUGGACUGGUUGAGCGCUUAA